AUGGCCUCGGAUUCUCUCCUCCUCACUACUACCGAAGAUCAAUACAACGACGUUACAGUUGGCACUAUCAAAUGUACAGCCCCCAUCCCAUUCGGGGGCCAAGGGGAAUGGCUUUUUCUACCUGCCACCAAAAAGUUCGACCUGUCCCGAGGGUCGGAGCAGAAGAUGGUGUUUGAUUGCGACGAAGACAAACGUAACCAUACUGGCUUCAUGAUCGACCCUGGAACCUCAGUCUUGAUCGUCGUCGACAUGCAGAACUACUUCAUCCAUCCAAUCUACCGGGAUCAUGCCGCAGGCAUUGCUGCAAUUGAACCAAUUUUGAAAGUCAUUGAACGAAGCCGAAGUGAAGGAAUUCAAAUUGCUUGGCUCAACUGGGGCAUUACUGAGCAUGACAUGAAAACCAUGGCACCCGCAGUCCAACGAGGUUUCAGCAACACCUUGGGGUGGCAUGUUGGACUAGGCGCUCAGCUACCGGAGGGCCAGGGAAGGUGCUUGUUCAAGCGGACUUGGAACGCUGACCUUUACGAGCCUUUCCAAGCUGUUGCUCAACCUGGUGAUUUAUUCUUCGACAAGACGCGAAUGAGUGGACUGUGGUCCACAGAAGAGCCUUUGCACGAAUAUCUGCGCGCCUCUGGCAAGCAAACAUUACUGUUUGCUGGAGUCAAUACCGACCAAUGCCUGUUUGGGACCAUGUCCGAUGCCUACUCGUACGGAUGGGACUGUGUUCUUCUUGACGACUGUACAGGCACGAUGACGGGGAGAGGAGCUCAGGAGCUGACGGAGUACCAAGUUUCUACAAACAUGGGUUUCGUGACGAGUAGCAGGGCGUUCUGCGAGGCACAAAUAGUGCGAACAUUCAACUAUUACACUCAUAUGGAGCCAAGAAUGUGCAAACUGUGCGAUCAGAUAAUCAAUGACUUUCUCCCCAGCCUCACACUCUCUGUUACCUGGCCCAAAGAGCAUGCCAAAUUAGGAAACACCAUCAAACCUAAAUACCUCCAGAAACAGCCUGCAAUUAGCCUACAUGACGAGACAGCCCACGAUGGCUUGGCUACAACCCCCGAUUUAAGAUACAUUGUGACGCUUACCGACCCCGAUGCGCCCUCUCGCGACAAUCCCGAAUGGAGCGAAAUGUGCCACUGGAUCGCCGCCAACAUUUCCAUCUCCCAGAAGACAUUCUCCAUCUUGCCACUUCCCGAGUUUGGACUCACUGGGCACGAUUCAGCGAAGUAUGGUAGUCUUGAUGAUGUUGUUGAGUACAAGCCGCCUGGCCCGCCACCGAAGACUGGCAAGCAUCGCUACGUGUUUCUAGUAUUUGCCCCGAAGAACGGAACGACGGAGCCACUACAUUUGAGGGCUCCAAAGGAUCGAAAGCAUUGGGGGACGGGGAAGGAGAGAGGUGGAGUGAGGGAUUGGGCGGAGGAGAAUCAAUUGGUACCUGUGGCUGCGAAUUUUAUUUAUUCGAAGAACAAGAAGCAGUGA